CACUAAAUUUUGGGAUAAUACAUGAAUCAUGAUGAUAGUAUUAUAGGAUAAAAUUAGAGAAAAUAGUGUAUACUGAUAUAAGUACAUUGAUCAGAAAAGAAAAAUUCCAUUCGUCAAGCAACUAGAGCUUGGAGAAUAAAGGACAUGAAAGGGUAAGGAAGGUGUAUGGUCAAACUUCUUGGAUAACCAAACUCUGCCAAACCAUAUCACCAUAUAACGUAACCGUCACACAAAAGAUCACCUUUUACAAUAUUCUUGGUUUGGUCUAACCCCUCCAACAAUUCACGUGGUAUAUUCUACUUCCAAGAUGAUCAUCAUUUCAAUUAAAAUUAUCAAACCCUGUUUUCAUCAUCAUCAUCAUCAUCAUCAUCAUCUUUAUUUUUCCAGAGACUUAGUCAAUAAAAUAAUAUGGCACCUUGUUUUCAGCAAGCAAACAACGUUAACAAUGGAGACACGGAUUCUGUUAUACUCUUUUCCAACUCAGAUGAUCACUACUCUCAUGAAGAUCAGACGUCAACCGCGAGCCCUUCCUCUUUGAACAACUCUCCGCCGUCAGACCAUCAUCAUACUCAUGAUGACCAAUACAUGAAACCCACUUACAAACUCACAGUCACAAAUCUUUCCUAUUAUACCCAGUUACCAACCACUUCCUUCCUUCCCUUCUUCUCUAAGACCAAGAUCGUUUCCAUACUCAAAUCCAUCUCCUUCACAGCCAAAAGCUCUGAAAUUAUUGCCAUCGUUGGCCCUAGUGGCACCGGAAAAUCCACGCUCUUGGGGAUACUAUCCGGGAGAGUAGUAAACCACAAACAUUAUACCAACUUCGAUCCCAAAACAAUCUCUAUUAAUGAUCAUCCAAUAAGCCAUUCAUCUCAUUUGAAGAAAAUAUGCGGUUUUGUAGCCCAAGAAGAUAAUCUACUUCCUCUACUCACGGUGAAAGAAACAUUAAUGUUCGCUGCCAAGUUUAGUCUCAAGCGAUUGGGUUGCAUAGAGAGAGAAUCCAGGGUGUCAAGCUUGUUGAAAGAGUUAGGCCUUUGGAAUGUGGCGGAAAGUUUUGUAGGAGACGAAGAGCAUCGAGGAAUCUCCGGUGGAGAGCGGAAAAGGGUUUCGAUCGGAGUAGAAAUGAUUCAAGACCCGCCAAUUCUACUGCUCGAUGAACCAACUUCAGGCCUAGAUAGUACUUCGGCUCUUCAAGUUAUCGAGCUUUUAUCAAUGGUGGCUAGAACAAAAAAACUAACUGUCGUUCUUUCGAUCCAUCAACCAAGUUAUCGAAUCCUUCAAUACAUCUCAAACUACUUGGUUCUCUCUCGUGGCUCUGUAGUCCACAAUGGAAGCCUUCAAUCUCUUGAAGAAACCAUAGUGGGUAAACUCGGAAUCCAAAUUCCCGUUCAGCUAAACGCUCUGGAGUUCGCCUUGGAAAUCGUUCGCACACUCGAAGAUUACUCGUAUUCAAAAAAGGAUUAUGACACUGAUCACCAUAUGGAAGUAGUCUUGUGGCCAGAUCGAGAAGAUUUUGGAGGCUAUGAACAUGAUCAAAAUAUUGGGAAAACCACGGAUAGUACUACUUAUUGCUUUUUCGCAAACUACAUAUUAGAGAUUAUGUUUCUGUGUUCGAGAUUUUGGAAAAUCAUUUACAGGACGAAACAGCUUUUUCUGGCUCGAACGAUGCAGGCCCUAGUUGGAGGAUUCGGGCUAGGAAGCGUGUACGUAAAGAUGAGAAGAGAUGAAGGAGGAGUAGCUGAGAGACUAGGGCUAUUCGCUUUUAGUCUCAGCUUUCUUCUCUCUUCUACUGUCGAAGCACUUCCAAUAUUCCUCCAAGAACGACAAGUUUUGAUGAAGGAGUCCUCUAGAGGAGCGUACAGAAUAUCGUCGUACAUGAUUGCCAACACUGUCGUUUUCUUGCCUUUCCUUUUUGCAGUGGCCAUUAUCUUUGCUGUUCCGCUUUACUGGAUCGUCGGUCUGAACCCCUCCUCCGCAGCCUUCUUGUUCUUCACUCUCGUCGUUUGGCUCAUCCUCUUGAUGGCGAGCUCUCUCGUCCUCUUUCUCAGCGCUGUCUCGCCGGAUUUCAUAUCAGGGAACUCACUCAUCUGUACGGUUCUCGGAGCUUUUUUUCUCUUCUCCGGUUACUUCAUCCCCAAGGAAAGUAUCCCCAAAUAUUGGAUUUUUAUGUAUUACGUUUCUCUUUAUAGAUACCCGCUUGACUCUUUGCUCACCAAUGAGUAUUGGAGCUUGAGAAGUAAGUGUUUCAAUUGGAACAAAGAGAGUGUUGAUGGUCAGCCACGGUGUUUGCUUACCGGGAAUGAUGUGUUAAAGAGUAGAGGAUUGGAAGAUGACCCUCGAUGGAUUAAUGUUGGGAUUAUGUUAGGAUUCUUCGUUUUCUACCGUUUGCUUGGUUGGAUUAUCCUAUCUCGAAGGUCUGCCAAAACGACAUUUUAAUAAUGUCGUUGAAACAUUCCAGGUCCUUGUGUACUUUUAUGGGAAUAUACUUAUUUGGUACUUGCGUUUUUGCAAAGUAUCAUUUUGGUAUCCUCUGUUUUCAAUAAUGCUCAUAUAGUACCCUGUAUUUUAAAAUCGUACAUAUUUGGUAUCCUAAACUCAGAUUUGAUAGAUAAAAUUUUGUCAAUAUGAUCAAACUGCCAUCAGUUAUAUGUAAUUAUAUAAUUAAAUUUAAAUUUGUAACUUACAUAAUUGACAGCAGUUUGAUAAAAUUGACAAAAUUUUAUCUAUCAAAUCUGAGUUUAGGGUACCAAAUAUGUACGAUUUUAAAAUAUAGGGUACCAUAUAAGCAUUAUUGAAAACAGAGUGUACCAAAAUGAUACUUUGCAAAAACAUAGGGUACCAAAUGAGUAUAAUCCCUACUUUUAUUAGCAAGACAAGUGAUCAGUCCAAUACAUGUGUACCAUUAAAAUAAUAAGAAAUGGGAAAUUUCAUUUUAUAUGCAUAAUAA